AUGUCAACACUUGAAAAAGAUGAAUUUAUUAGUUUGAUAGAUUUUUAUAAUGAUGAUUUGGCAGAUAACAAUAAAGAUAUUUUGAUAUCUGAGUUAAAACUUUGGCAACGUAAAAUACUUGCAUUAGAUAAACAACCUACAAAUGCUAUGGAUGCUUUAAUUAUCUGCAAUGACAUGUAUCCAAAUAUAUACAAAUUACUACAAAUUUUAGCAACACUACCUGUUUCAACAGCUUCAUCCGAAAGGUCUUUUUCGUCAUUGAAGAGAAUUAAAACGUACCUAAAGAAUACAAUGUCAGAGAAAAGAUUAAAUGGAUUGGCAAUGCUGUCCAUUCAUCGUUCAAUAUCAGUGGAUGCAAAGGAAGUGUUGGACGAAUUAUCUACAAACAAACGACGGGUGGAUUUUAUUUUAUGA